CUAUCCAUUUUAUUUUAACUCCCGUCAGAUCCGCUUCCUCUCAGUUUCACGGUCGAGAUGGCGGCGUUGGGGAGACUCUCUGGGAUCCUCGGCCGUUCCCUUCAAGCCCGUGGCCGUCCUUUUUCAGCUGCUGCAGCAGCAGCCCAUGACCACGGAAACGCAGCUCGCACGUGGAAGAUCCUGACCUUUGUGGUUGCGUUGCCCGGAGUCGCUGUGUGCAUGUUAAAUUGCUAUCUGAAGGCUCAGCAGCAUUCCCACGAGCACCCCGAGUUUGUGCCCUACGAGCAUCUGCGAAUCCGGUCCAAGAAAUUCCCAUGGGGCGAUGGUGAAAAAUCUCUCUUCCACAACCCACACCUGAAUGCUCUUCCAUCUGGCUAUGAAGAGUCAGAGCACUGAAUUCUGGACCAUUGUGUUAUCUGGACCAGUAUGUUGUAUGGGCCCAUGUUAAUUGCAGGACCACGCUACUGUAUUUAAAGCUGUAAAUUGCCCUCUUGUGACCUUCAGUGGAGGUCCCAUAAAUAAAAUGUGUCUGGUUCUCUUGA